GGUUCGCGCACGGAAAGGUUAGAUCGAACGUACUCGAUCUCGCGUGGAAAGCGUAGCCAAGAUGGUGAUUAUGGACGAGCUGGUGGGUCAGGACUGGGAGAUUUAUCUCCCUAGUUUUGAUGAUGACUCAGCCUGGGGCACCGACUACCGCCAGGAGAGGAACAUAUAUGUCGGCGGCGCUAUCAUCUUCAAGCGUGACCCGAGUGGACAGAUUGUGGAGACCCAGCCCCUUAGAGGAAGGAUUCGGUUUCCUCAUGCACCUUUCCGAUUUGGACUUCCUGUGGAGAUCGCUAGCAGUACGGAGUCCGAGCCAGAGGAGAUUCCCAUUUAUGAACCAGGCGAGGGAAGCGAGCCUUCGGUGAACUCGGAGUAUCGUAACCCUGCGGAGGGACUUCUGAUACCAAAGGAGGAGCCUAUGAGCCCAGUGGCACCACCCGAGUAUGGACUCGAUGAGGGACUCAAGGAACCUGCACCUGAGGUACCAGAUGCGCCGCCAGGUUUCAAAUGGACCAUGGAUGAAUUAAAGCAGUGGAAUCUGGAAAUGCAAGCGGAGAUUCAACAGGGAGCAGAAACGCCAGAUCCUUCGAAUAUGUGGGCUGGACAUUACGCAGACUGUAAUCAGGACCAUGGGUGGAAAUGAGAGCGUCAAUCUAUCUUUAAAGUUUAAUUUUGCAAGUACUUUAUUUGAAUUUUUGAUGUAAUCAACUUGACGAGUAUGACAAUGUGGUUUGUUUACACACUUGGGUGUGGCCACGGUUUUUAUCUAUUUAUGAAGUUUAA